AGGAUUUAGUUAUAGUGUCUCACAUACAAUUGUCCCUUUCUUCGUGUCAUCAUUUGCUUGAGAUUAUCCUUCAUUUCUACAUUUUUUUUUAUUGUUAUUGUUAUUGUUAUUUUUGUCUUAACCGCUUUCUCCUCUUUCUUCUGAGUCACAAUCAUUGUUCAGAAAACUGUUACAGGAAAAUGCCAAGAAGAAGAAGAUGAUGGGGUUCCCCGGCUUCAAGCUUGCCUCACCUGAACCCAUUUUCUCUUUCAACUCUCAAAUUGCAUACCCUCCUCAUCAAGGAUUCAAGAUUCAAGAAAUUACUUCUCUUCUUGUGCAUGUGCUUUGUGCUGAACCCAACCUGGCUUUUCACGUGCUCAUGCUUUAACUGAAGUCUCCUUGAAGUUUGUGUCAGUAACUGAGUAUUUAGUAUUUCUUGUGGUUCCGAGGAUGUUGUCACCCUUAUGCAAAGUCGUGAUCUUGAACCCGAAUUCAGUUUUCUAGUGUUUGUGAUGGGAACAUUGAGAUUGGGGGGCCUUUGGUAACUUCAAUUUUUGGCAGAGUUUGGAACUUUGAGAUGAGCAGCAAAAAGGAAGGUUAUGAAGAAGUAGAAGAAGAAGAAGAAGAAGAAGAAGAAGAGAUGGUGAGUGGGAAAGUGGUAGUUGUUGCAGUUAAAGCUUCAAGAGAAAUUUCAAGAACUGCUUUGGUUUGGGCAUUGACUCAUGUUGUUCAACCAGGGGAUUCCAUUAAGCUGUUAGUUGUCAUUCCUUUUCUCUCCUCAGGCAAGAGGAAUUGGGGAUUCUCAAGAUUUGCCAGUGAUUGUACCACUAGUAACUGGAGAUCCCACUUAGGAAGCGCUUCAGAUCAGAAAGAAAUUAUUACGAGUUCCUGUUCCCAAUUGGUGCUUCAACUACAUGAUUUAUAUGAUCCAGACAAGAUAAAGAUCAGCGUUAAGAUUCUUUCGAGUUCUUUAUGUGGAGCAGUUGCCAUUGAAGCCAAGAGAGUCCACUCAAGCUGGGUUAUAUUGGACAAAAAAUUGAAACAAGAAAAGAAGUGCUGCAUGGAGCAGCUGCAUUGCAAUAUUGUAAGUAUGAAGCGAUCAAGGGCAAAGAUUCUGCGCUUGAAUUUGAACAGUUCACCGAAGAUGGAACUUAAUGAUGGGGGGUGUUCAUUGUCAUUGGAGCUGAGUGCAUAUGCAAAACAAAAUCCAGACACAAUUAGAGGUCCUGCUGUUACUCCAGCUAGUAGUCCUGAGCAAGGAUCGCCGCUAUUGACUGCAACUGAUAUUGGUACCUCAUCACUAUCGAGCUCAGAUCCUAGCACUUCACCAUUUUUCCAGAGUGAUAUUUAUGAAAGGCGAAGGCACGAGGGACUGAAAAAUCUGGAGUAUAUUGAAUCUGACUCGGAGAGUGAAAAGCUAAGUUUAUCUUCAAAAAGUUCAUAUAUUCAGCCCUGGAUUGCCAAUGUGAUUUGUCUUGAUGGUGAGGACAGUAUGCAAAGGUUGGGCGAUCAAGACCCUGUCUUAGGAGUGCUUAAUUGUAAGAUUGAUGUCAACCUAAGCAAAAGUGUUAGAGAUGCAAUUUCACUUGCGAGAAAUGCACCUCCUGGUCCUCCUCCAUUGUGCUCUAUUUGUCAGCACAAGGCACCUGCAUUUGGAAACCCUCCAAGGUGGUUUACAUUUGCCGAAUUGCAACUCGCCACGGGUGGUUUUUCACAAGCGAAUUUCUUGGCACAAGGUGGUUUUGGUUCUGUACACCGUGGCGUGCUACCGGAUGGGCAAGUCAUUGCUGUGAAGCAGUAUAAAUUAGCCAGUACACAAGGUGAUAAAGAAUUUUGCUCAGAAGUUGAAGUCUUAAGCUGCGCACAACAUCGGAAUGUUGUGACGCUAAUUGGGUUUUGUGUGGAGGAUGGUAGAAGAUUACUAGUUUAUGAAUACAUAUGCAAUGGCUCUUUGGAUUCUCAUCUUUAUGGACGAAAACAGAAAGUACUAGAAUGGUCUGCUCGGCAAAAAAUCGCAGUGGGAGCUGCUCGCGGCUUAAGGUACCUACAUGAAGAAUGCAGAGUGGGAUGUAUUGUGCACCGUGAUAUGCGACCUAACAAUAUCCUCCUUACUCAUGAUUUUGAAGCACAGGUGGGAGAUUUUGGACUUGCUAGGUGGCAACCUGAUGGAGAUUUGGGUGUGGAAACCAGGGUCAUAGGAACAUUUGGGUAUUUGGCGCCAGAAUAUGCUCAAAGUGGGCAAAUAACAGAGAAAGCUGAUGUGUAUUCGUUUGGAAUAGUGCUAUUGGAGCUUGUAACAGGAAGGAAAGCCAUUGAUAUAAACCGCCCCAAAGGCCAGCAGUGCCUCAGUGAAUGGGCACGGCCAUUGCUUGAACUUGAACACGAAGAAGCAGAAGCGAGAGAAGAGCUAGUUGAUCCUAUAAUAUGGAAAGGGAAAGGGUAUAUUGCUAAAGAGGUUAAUCGAAUGUUGCAAUGUUGCUCCUUGUGCAUCCGAAGAGACCCUCAUUCAAGGCCCAGAAUGUCUCAGGUGCUAAGGAUGCUGGAAGAAUGAACAUUGUACACUCUAAUCCAAACUUGGAUUAAUUUCUUCAUUGUACAGAAAAUCACUACUCUAUUUUUUUAUUUUUAUUAUUAUCAUUUUGGUUCCCCCUGACGAGCGUAGCAAAAUUUUGUAAAGCAAACAUUUAGUCUCCAAGAAAAUAAAUUAAUUAAUAAAGAGAAAAUAAACAAGUGUAUUAAAUAACAAUAUAACAUAUAGGAAUCAUUUAAAAGAAAAACAAAACAAUAGAAAAUCAAAGAAGCCCAAAAGGCUUGUUAGUAUUUGGGCUUGUAUUUGUGGAUCAUUAUUUUUAUUGGCACUUUGUGUAAUGGGUCCAACAAUAUGGGUUAUGUUUUCCCCAUUCCACAUGGGUUGGCCCCCCAAAUUCAACAAACUGUAAUCAAAUACACAAUACAGAAACUAUAUUCGCUCGACUGCCAUAAUUGCAUUAUUAUAUAAUCAUUUCCUUCUUUAUGGUAAAAAGAGAAUACAAUAUUACAAUGUCAUUGUCUUUCCAACAGCAUUUGCUUUGGAAUGAGAAGGGGAAAAGCAUUUUUUUUAAUCACUCGAACCUAAUUACAGUAUCGAGUAAUUAACAAGGUUGGAACAUUUUUGUCCCAGCUUCUCUGGCAUUGCCAUCAAGGCCUGCAACAAGGUCUUACUGUCUUUUUCAUAAAGCUAGUGAGUAGUGACCCUAUAAAUUACUUUGAAUUAACUGUGAAGAUCUUUUCUGUUUUUCUUACACUUGUAAUACAGCUGGCAAUUUUACAA